AGAAGGGAAAAGUAUGACGCGAUCUUACGGGGCGGUCACUAGCACAAGGAAAUGUUUCGAACCAAGACUAACAGGUUGCUAAUUGUGGAGUUGAUACACAGAUACUACCUCUAAACGUCAGACCGAACAAUAGCCACACUGCUGUAUUGUUUUAUUGGAUUUUUUCUUGGCUUGUAAAGCUGAACGAUUCAGCAACUUUCUUGCUCUGGUGUUACGGUAUCGGUAUCGCCGUUCGUUCCAUUUAAGAGAGGGGUGUGACUUGUUUUUCGCAAAGGAUAGGAGGGUGAGACGUGUGGAUGACCGAAAACUCAAGGAUGCCGUUCUUUCAGCCAAAAUACAGAACGGCUAUGUGCCAGCUAGCUUCCAAGUAAGUGGACCGCUGUCAUCCAGAAGGAAAGGGCUGGUUUUCUACGGCAUAUUUGGGUUUCAUUCACCCUGGAAGCUAUACAGUCUGAUAUUCAACGUGUCGACAUCAACGAAAUGAGUCCUGGUGAACAAUGAAGAGUCCGGUGCACAGGUGCAGGGACGUGGAGCGGCAGGCGAGCAACCUGCAGCUGGAUCCGUGCGUCCCGCCGCCGCGCCUGAGCGACACUGGUGCCAUGUGGUUCGUCCGCGACGCGUGCGGCAUCGUGUGCGGUGUCAUCACUUGGUUCUUGGUGUUCUACGCGGAGUUCGUGGUGCUCUUCGUCAUGCUGCUGCCUUCCAAAAAUCUGACCUACAGUCUAGUUAACGGGGUGGUCUUCAACGGACUAGCUUUUUUUGCCCUGGCAUCACACUUCAGGGCAAUGUGCACAGACCCGGGAGCCGUUCCAAAAGGAAAUGCCACCAAGGAGUUCAUCGAGAGCCUCCAGCUAAAGCCCGGUCAGGUGGUUUACAAGUGUCCCAAGUGCUGCAGUAUCAAGCCUGACCGAGCGCACCACUGCAGUGUCUGCAAAAGAUGCAUUCGGAAAAUGGACCAUCAUUGUCCGUGGGUCAACAACUGUGUUGGAGAAACCAACCAGAAGUACUUUGUGCUUUUCACAAUGUACAUUGCACUAAUCUCUCUACAUUGCUUGUUGAUGGUAGUCUUCCACUUCCUGUAUUGUUUUGAAGAUGACUGGACAAAGUGCAGCUCCUUCUCCCCACCAGCGACCGUCAUUCUCCUCAUCCUCCUGUGCUUUGAGGGCCUCCUCUUCCUCAUCUUCACCUCUGUGAUGUUUGGCACCCAGGUCCAUUCCAUCUGCACAGAUGAGACGGGCAUAGAGCAAUUGAAAAAGGAAGAGAGAAGAUGGGCUAAAAAAACUAAGUGGAUGAACCUGAAGGCGGUUUUCGGACACCCCUUCUCGAUAGCAUGGUUUAGCCCGUUUGCCAAGCCUGGCCAUGGGAAAGCCGACCCAUACCAGUAUGUGGUCUGAGCUUUGGAAACGCAAACCCAGAAGGCCUGUCCAUGCCCUGGCACUACAUAUAAAAGACUGAGGUGUGCUGGCACCCCCCUCCCCUACCCCCCUUAACUCCCCCCAACCCUUUCCCGAUGCCUCCACCUAACGUGAUUGUAUCUCCAAGCUCACUCAACUCUAAUGGCCGUGUUCUGGGCAGCGACAGUGCUACCCAUAGAAAACAUCCCAUUUCUAUGGUGCUUCCUAAGAGGUUGUGGAAAUAUGAAAAAAAAAAAAAAAAAAAAACAUGGACUUGCCAGUUUUGCCUUUUUUUAAUCUUUAUUUUUUAUUGGUUUAAUAUAUUUUUUAACUAUGUUUUUUCUUGAUCUGGAAACUUUGCUCUGUUUGGGAACUUCCUGUCACCAUCUGUACUGUCACUUUCCCUCCGUUCACAUUCCACUCUCCAUUGGUCCUGCCAUUGAGAGCAAUCCUCCUCCUCCUCCUCUAUCUCCUUUCUCCUUGCGUCUGUUUGACGAGUCUAGUAACACUAAUGCAAAAUGCCUUUGUCCCCUUCAUAAAAUCCGCCUUUUUUGGAGUGGGGUUGAGGUCACAUUUUGCAUGGAUAAUCUCUAUUUUUUUGGUUAAUAAUGGAGCGUAUUCCUCAUCUGAGUUGGAUGAUGAAUCAUUGGGAAGAGGAUUGCAUCUUUCUAGUUUAGACUCUGUGAGAGCAUAGUCAUGUCAUCGGUAGAGCUUUACACCAGUUUGAUUAUGGAAAUUGGCAAGAACGUCAGUGCAAAUUAGGCAUCACAAUACAGCAAUGCUUCAAAUUUACGGUGUACGCAAUCUAAAAUCCACUCUUUUUUUGCACAUUUUGGAGAACUGUGAAGUUUAGGUAUGAUAAUGACAGAAGCACCUGGAAUCAUGUGAACUGAGGGAAGGCCUUAGCCAUCUUUUGGAAUUUUUAAUAUGUGUUUAUUAAUACGUUAAAAGGGACAAUCUGUUGAACUCCAUCUCUUGAUUAAAAAAAAAAAAAGCAUGUUUAUGUUCACUUUACACUGGUUGUUUUUCUGUUAGUCCUGUGGUGGAUGUUACUGAAACGACCUUGAUUUGACUUCAAGUAGCUCUGGCUGCACAAUCAACUGUGAGAUGGUUUCCAGUACUGCUUUUAUAUUGGCGUUUUUAUUCUUUCUGUAUAUACAUAUCAAACAAUAAAUGAUGAACCUGA